AUGGACUGGAUUGGGCUCGACGUCCAGUUGAUGGCCGGGGGAGGAUGGUGGGAUAAAGAGCUCCUGCUGUUCAUUGGCUUGACAGCCGAUCGGUCGAUCGAUCGGUCGAUCGCUACUCCGUUCAACUCCUUUUUCCAUGCGAAGAAGAAUCGGGUCAACAACCUUGUGAAGAGACGUGGUGUCCUUGAAGAAGCAAGUCGUCAAGUCGGUAGUUGCAAUGUUAGAGCUUCGUGGACAGGGCAGUGUCGCUUGUCCCGAGUGGCGAAGGACGUCAAGCACAGAGACGGUCGAAAGGGCCAUGAAGUUCAGUGUGUGAACGCUCGAGCGGCGUACGACUGUGUCAAGAAAAGAGGCGUGGCAAUGGACGUGCGGCAUGGGUAUCGACAGAGUUACUCCCUCCUUCGUGUACGUCAUGGAGGUCGUUGUUCACCGGGAGAACGAUACGGUCAGGUUCGGCGUAAACGAGCCUGUUUCGGCGUGAACGUCGUGUACCACUGGCCUAAAGAACGCACGCGUUGA